GAUAAUAAUUGUGGAUGGGACCAAUGUGCAGGGGGUGGGAGUGGUGAAGCAUGACCCUGUCGGUUCUUCCUCAGCUUGAAUCCCUCACACAGAUCUCCCCACAAUCCCCAUCGCUCAUUUGAGCAGCUGCAGUAAGCUUUUAUAGCACUCCUUCUCCCUUCAUUCCACCCUUGGUUUCAUCCUCCCCACCCCUCUGAUGGCAGGUAGGGCACCAAAUCCCACAGCCUUCCUACUCCCUUCCAAGCCUCACCAUCAUUUCUCCCUCAUCCUAUAGCUUUAGUACUGCACUCUCUUGUUCAGUCCCUCUCAUCUUUGCUGCAAUAAAGAGGUGUGUGUGUCAUGGAGAAGGGGCCCUUCUUCCCUCAAAGAUUUUUCCAGCUGAUGAUUACCUUCCCCCACUGAGUUCCUUCCUUUCCCUCCACCUCCUGAGGAGUGGUGCAGUGCAGAAGGUGAAAGGUUUAAGUCUCAGCUAUAGCUAUAUAUUGAAGUUCGACUCAUGGAGUUCAGAAACCUGGAUGGUGACUUAGGGUUACCUCCUCCCUCUUCCCCCUCCUCCUCUCCCUUGGUUUACAAUCCUCCUCCCAUCAGAGGAUCUGCUUUCUCUAAACCCAUCCUUCCCCUCUCUUCCUCUCUUAUACCCUCAAGAGGAGGAGGAGGUUGCUGUGACACUGCUGCUACUGGUGGUGAAAGAAAUGGUGCUUCUUUUGGGAGCUCCACCAUACCAACAGCAACCGAGGAGAAUAGUUCUUCCCAUUCUAACACAAGAAAUCCAGAUCCAGCUCCCAUCUCUGUCUUGUCUCCAGUUGGAGCUGGUGCAAGUUUGCCCAACUCCAUACAGUCCGCCGAAGUUAAGACGGCGGUCACCACAGUUGAUGCUUCUGUAAAGUACAAGGAGUGCCUGCGGAACCACGCCGCCGCCAUCGGCGGCCACGUCCUCGACGGCUGCGGCGAGUUCAUGCCCGAGGGCGGCCCAUCCACGCCCGAGGCGCUGAAAUGUGCGGCCUGCGGCUGCCACCGGAGCUUCCACCGCAAAGACGGCGACACCGAUGUCAAUGCCGACAACUCCUAUCACCACCACCACCAUGGUGCCUCUCAUCUUCCUCUCUUGCUCCCGCCUCCCCACCCGCAGUCCCACCCCUACAACCAGCAGAAGCCGUUCCCCUUCGGCUUCCCCUCGAGCCCGCCGUCGCGGGCGGUCCCGCUAUCCUCGGCGGUCAUGGCGUUCGGCGGCAACACGUGCGGGAGCGGAGGGACCACGACGGAGUCGUCGAGCGAGGAGCGGAUCAACGCGGGGGCACCCACGCCGGCGAUCGCACUGAGGAAGCGGUUCCGGACCAAGUUUACGGCGGAGCAGAAGGAGAAGAUGCUGGCUUUCGCUGAGAGGGUCGGGUGGCGGAUCCAGAAGCAGGAGGAAGCGGUGGUGGAGCAGUUCUGUGCCGAGGUCGGUGUGCGGAGACAAGUCUUGAAGGUCUGGAUGCAUAACAACAAACACGCAAACACGAAGCAGCAGCAGCUGCAGCCGCCACCGCCGCCCGUAGAGCAGGAUCAACUGCAGGUGCAACAGCACCAGGAACAGCAGUAAUAACAGAUUGAUGAGGAGAAGAAAGAAGAUGAAGAAGAAGAAGAAGAAGUAUCCUUGCCAUGCUUUCCCUUUUGUCUCAACUUAGGCACUGAUUCUUACACGAAAAUUUGCAGUGAUUUGUGUUGUUUGAUCGUUUAGAUUACCAGUAAAAGUUAGAAUAAACCCCCCAUCUUCUCAGUUUAGUGGUAGAGAUUGUUUGAGGUCAGAGAGCUUCCAAGUUCUUUGUGGUGGCUGCACUUGUGGUCAGAGAACUUCACAACGUGGGUACCGUUCCUCCCUUGAGGUAUCUCGUUUCUUCUACGACAUUAAUUCCUG